AUGAUGAUUACUUCCUCGUUAUGCCACACUUUGAAUCUCACGGUUAUGACUAUUAAACAAGAGAAAAGCUUUGAAGGUUCAAAGGUUGUAAAAGCAAAUAUUGGUUCGCUGAUUUCUCUUUUGAAACCUUUUCUAACAACGAACCAUCAAAUAAAAGUUUCAGACAACGAAAUGUCUGCUGCUUGA